AAAAAAAAUCUCAUUAAAAACAACAGUACCCAACGUACAGCAGAUCGCAAGAGCUUCUCAUAAAUUCCUUGUAAAAAAAAAAAAAAAGCCGAUUUGCAGACUUUUCAAUCUAUAUUCAAGCCUUCUCCUUUUCUUUCACUGAUCUCUCCUCUUUUCUUCCCUCGAUUUCGAGGGAUUUUUGUUUUUUUCUUUUUCAAUUUCGUUACAUUUGUCUUUCCCUUUUUCGUUACACUUUGUAAACCCUAACACCUUUCUGCUUUUCCGAUUCGAUCGGAUUAGUAUUAUUCUUAAUCUUUCUUGGAAUCAAACGCUAGGCAGUGAAAGAAUGCAGCAGCAGCGGCUCAAGCAGCAGCAGGCACUUCUUCAGCAGCAGGCACUUCUACAGCAGCAGCAGCAGUCACUUCUUCAGCAGCAGCAGCAGCAGCAGCAGUCUCUUUACCAUCUACCUGGACUUUUAGCUCCCCCACAGAUUGAGCCAAUUCCGAGUGGAAAUCUGCCUGCUGGAUUUGAUACAAGUUCAUGCCGCAGUGUUUAUGUUGGAAAUAUUCAUAUUCAAGUUACAGAAGCACUUCUUCAAGAGGUUUUCCAAAGUACUGGUCCUGUUGAGGGAUGCAAGCUUAUCAGGAAGGAAAAGUCAUCUUAUGGCUUUGUUGAUUACUUUGAUCGUCGAUCAGCUGCGCUUGCCAUAGUUACACUUAAUGGAAGGCAUCUAUUUGGCCAACCUAUAAAAGUUAAUUGGGCAUAUGCCAAUACGCAGAGAGAAGACACUUCAGGUCAUUACAACAUCUUUGUUGGCGACCUAAGUUCUGAGGUUACAGAUGCUGCUUUGUUUGCUUGCUUCUCUGUGUAUCCCAGUAUCUCGGAUGCAAGGGUUAUGUGGGAUCAAAAAACUGGACGAUCAAGGGGGUUUGGUUUCGUGUCUUUCCGGAACCAACAGGAUGCACAAAGUGCCAUUAAUGACUUGACUGGUAAAUGGUUAAGCAAUAGGCAGAUUCGCUGUAACUGGGCUAGCAAGGGUGCUGGUACUAGUGAGGAUAAACAAUUUGCAGAUUCCAAGAGUGUUGCAGACUUAAAUAAUGCUUCAACAGAAGAUGUUAAAGAUAGUGUGAAAGAAGACGCUCCGGAGAAUAACCCGCAAUACACUUCAGUUUAUGUCGGAAAUCUUGCUCCUGAGGUUACUCAGGUUGAUCUGCAUCGGCUGUUUCACACCCUUGGGGCUGGGCAGAUUGAGGAAGUUCGAAUUCAACGUGAAAAGGGAUUUGGUUUUAUUAGGUACAGUAAUCACUCUGAAGCUUCUCUAGCUAUUCAGGUAGCAAAUGGUCGGAUUCUUGGUGGAAAGCCAAUUAAGUGCUCAUGGGGAAGCAAGCCCACACCGCCUGGAACAGUCUCCAAGCCUCUUCCCGCUCCUUCUGCAGCCCCAUUCACUACACUAUCAGCCGCAGACCUGCUUUCAUAUGAAAGGGCAUUGGCACUCAGCAAGAUGGGCGUAGGCCAGGCACUAAUGCCUGGCCAGGCCAAGCAAGCAGGCUUGCCAUUAGGAGCUGGAGCUAGCCAGGCCAUCUAUGAUGGUGGCUUUCAGAACUUGGCUGCUGCCCAGCACCUCAUGUAUUUUUAAUCAUACAACUUUUAUGACCAAAUUGUAGAUCUAUUGCCUAUUUAUCUGUCUUGUAUUUUUCCUCCCUCUGCCUUUGUUGUUAUAUGAAUUGACAUAUUGUAGCGAUUUGUAGGUAUUGUAAGUUAUUGAGGGAGAAAAUGUUGUUUUAGUUGGCCAACUUUUAUUUGUAAUCGCCAUAUACUAGGAAGAAAUUUAUGGAGAAUGUUUUUUUUUUUCUUAAUGAUUUUAAUGAUAUUCUUAGUUUGUCAACA